CAGCCCUGCCGCUCCCGGAGAUGGGGCCCUGCGCCCCGCCGCAGCCACGCGCUCGCCCGCUCCCGGAGAUGGGUCCCGAACUUCCUGCCCAGGCUGCCUCCCGCGGCGGCAAUGGCGGCGGCCCGGCCGGCCCCUCCCCUCUCACCCUGACGCUGCGGCGUGAGGUGCGGGCGGGUCCCGGCGCCGCCAUUUUGGAGCCGGGCAGCGCUAAGGGCGGAGAGGGCCGUGUUGGCUGCUCCCGCUGCUCCGGGAGGAGACGUGGAAGAGCCGCAGCUAUGGCCGCCGCGAAACCGCCCGGGCCUGGUUCCGCUAGCGGCACCAACCUGCUCUUCUCCUCCUCGGCUACCGAGUUCAAUUUCACUGUGCCCUUCAUCCCGGUCAGCCAGGCCCCCGCUGCGCCCCCGGGGCCCGCUCUCCUCGGCGCAGAUGAUUCCACAGACGUUGGAGAAGAAGACAGCUUCUUGGGUCAGACUUCUGCUACUCCUAAUCCACCACAGACUUUUAGCUAUUUCUCCCAGGUACCUACUAGCAAUGAUCCAUUUGGAAGCAUAGGACAGCCACCCUUAACAGCAGUGACACCACCUGUUGGGCCAUCAGGCUUCUCCAAGGCUCUAACUUCUCUCCCACUCUUGCCUGGAUCACAGGAGGGGCAGAAUGCUUUUUCGGCAAGUGUUCCGAAGUCACAGUCAUCUUUUAGUGUACCACCUACUUCCCUGGUGGGAAUCAGUGCUUACCAGACUCCUCCAGAGAGUUGUCCCCCACUUGGAAACUUUUCUACUCCACCUCAUGGAACAUCGCAGCAAGGAUAUAACCCAUAUCGCCAUACCACCUUAAGCAGUAGAGCUAAUCCUUACAUAACUCCACCGCAGCUGCAGCAGAGUCAGACACCAAGCCAGCUUGGUCAGACACCACCCUCUGUACCACCUAUCCACAUGUAUCCGACCCCUCCAGGAUCAUUGUCACCGUUUCCUCAUUCACAGCCGGCACUACCAUCACCAUCACAACCACUGCAAACUUCCAGACCAGCAGGUCCACUGGUGCAGGCGCCACCUGUUUUGCUACAGAACCAGUAUGAACCAGUUCAGCCUCACUGGUUUUACUGCAAGGAGGUGGAAUACAAGCAAAUAUGGAUGCCAUUCAGCAUUCUAGAUUCUGUAACACUAGAAGAAGUUUAUAACUCUGUCCAACCUGAUCCUGAGAGCGUGGUUUUGAGCACUGAUGGGGGGCGCUAUGAUGUUUACCUGUAUGACAGACUAAGAAAAGCUGUAUAUUGGGAAGAAGAGCCAUCUGAAGUCAGACGAUGUACAUGGUUUUAUAAGGGAGACAAAGAUAGCAGGUUUAUUCCUUAUACUGAGGAUUUCAGUGAGAAGCUAGAGGCAGAAUAUAAAAAAGCUGUAACUACGAAUCAGUGGCACCGGCGACUUGAAUUUCCAAAUGGGGAAACAAUUGUUAUGCAUAAUCCUAAGGUUAUAGUUCAGUUCCAACCUUCUGCAGUACCAGAUGAAUGGGGGACCACACAAGAUGGUCAGACAAGGCCAAGGGUGGUAAAGCGUGGCAUUGAUGAUGAUCAUGAUGAAAUUCCUGAUGGGGAGAUGUCUCAAAUAGACCAUUUAGUAUUCAUGGUUCAUGGCAUAGGUCCUGUGUGUGAUUUACGAUUUAGAAGCAUUGUUGAAUGUGUUGAUGAUUUUAGGACCGUGUCUCUGAAACUGUUGCAGACUCAUUUUAAGAAGUCUUUAGAGGAACUUAAAGUGAGCAGAGUUGAAUUCCUACCGGUUCACUGGCAUAGCUCUCUACAUGGGGAUGCGACAGGUGUAGACAGGAAUAUUAAAAAAAUCACUUUGCCAAGCAUUGGACGUCUGCGGCACUUCACCAAUGAGACCUUGCUUGAUAUACUGUUUUACAACAGCCCAACCUACUGUCAGACCAUUGUGGAUAAAGUAGGCCUGGAAAUGAACCGCCUACAUGCACUUUUCAUGAGUCGCAACCCAGACUUUAAAGGAGGAGUCUCUGUUGCUGGGCACAGUUUAGGUGCCUUAAUUUUAUUUGACAUAUUGUCCAACCAGAAAGACUUGACUUCAUCAGGAAACUCUGGACCUCCCACUGCUGCUAAUGGGCUUGUGAAUGAUUCGGUUGUUCGUGACAAGCAGGUGACAGAGAAUACCAACUCCUUGGCGCCCAUGAUUACUCCUUCUGGUGAGGAGCCCUGUGACCCUGAUGUAGAGGAUGAAGUUCCAACCUUACAAAAGGCUCUGGAAAUGCUCAGUGUCUCAGAAUAUAUCGACACAUUUGAAAAGGAGAGAAUUGAUAUGGAAUCUCUGCUGAUGUGUACAGUUGAUGACCUGAAGGAAAUGGGUAUACCUCUUGGACCAAGAAAGAAAAUUGCCAGCUUUGUAAAAGACAGAGCAGCCAAACAGGAAAAGAAAAAAGCAUUAGCAGAAAAAAAAGCAGUGCAAACUCAGGAAGCUGCACAGAAAGCAAAAGAAGCAGUUACUUCUGUGGCCACUUCAGAAUCUGAUAGCCUGCAUGAGCGGUCAAAGAGAAAACUUCCUGUUGGUGCCUUGGUUUCUUCUGUGAAUGUUGACUAUGAAUAUUUUGAAGUUGGUACUGGCCAGGUUUCUGUGGCUUACAGUGUGCUAGACUUCGAACCAGAGAAUUUCUUUGCCCUGGGUUCUCCAAUUGGUGUGUUUCUUUCUGUACGAGGAGUGGAGAAGAUUGAUGAGAACUAUAGACUUCCUACCUGCAAAGGAUUCUUCAAUAUUUAUCAUCCACUUGACCCAGUGGCUUAUAGGGUAGAACCUAUGAUUAUUCCAGACUUGGACAUAAAACCAGUUCUCAUUCCACACCACAAAGGCAGAAAAAGACUUCAUCUCGAGUUGAAAGAUUCUCUCUCUCGUAUGGGAUCAGAUCUAAAACAGGGUUUUAUCAGCUCUUUGAAGAGUGCUUGGCAGACUCUUAAUGAAUUUGCACGUGCUCACACCUCUUCAACUCAGCUACAAGCAGAACUGGAGAAGGUAGCUAAUCAAAUUAAAGAGGAAGAAGAAAAACAAGUGGUAGAAGCUGAAAAGACUGCCGAGAGUCCAGAUCUUUCAAAGGAUGAGGAUUUCUUAGUAAAGGUCGGGAUGCUAAAUGGAGGACGUCGUAUUGACUAUGUUCUACAGGAAAAACCAAUAGAAAGUUUCAAUGAAUACCUUUUUGCUCUACAGAGUCACUUGUGUUAUUGGGAAUCUGAAGACACAGCUUUGCUACUUCUCAAAGAAAUAUAUAGGACUAUGAAUAUCAGUCCGGAACAGCCGCAACACUGAUGUGGAGAUACCUGAAUUUCAUAUCUAAUGUUCCAACAGGCUUGCUGACAACACAUUUUGAGGAACCUCCAGUAUUUCUCUAGUCACACAUGACAAGAAUCUGAAUUACAACAGCAUUUUUUUCUUCAGUCCAGAGCUCUUUGAUUUAGAUAAUGCCUUCUUGUUUCACUCAAGAUUGUUUCAUGGUUUUAAAAUUAUCAGCACCACAGUUUGGGAAGCAUAAUUGGAAUGACACCAUUUAACCUUCUUACUGAAAUUUAGUUGUACUGUUGCCAAGCUUUGACCAAUGAAGAAAUAUUCGUGGCAUGCAAAUUAUUAUUUUUCUUCUCGAGCUACCUUGUCUGUUAGGUGUCAAACAUGUAUUUUCUAUGAAGGCAGUAUGUUCUUUAUUAAAGAAAGGACUUGUUGAGACACAGCAAUAAUCUGCUUUUUUUAAAAAAAUGCGUUUCCACUUUUAAAAACAAAAUGUGAAUUUUAGUUAUAAGCUGCUUUACAUCAAGCCUUUUGUAUUUGCUAAAACCAGCAGCCAGAAUGACUUUCUUACUACUGUGAGUUCAGUGCUGAGAUUUUAUAAAAGCUUUUUAACCCUCUGACUUCUUUGCAUUGGAGAUAAAAUGAUCUUUUGUUAUAGAAAACAUAGAGAUUUGUUACAGCUAGUUCAGCAUUCACAUCUCUUGGAAUGUAACUGAUGUAGCGAACAAAGAGGGAUGAGUUAAACAACAUUUCAUUUUGGUAAUUAACUGUUCAUGUAGCCUGGUGGCUGCUCUACCUGAGAGCUAAAAUCAUGACAUUGACCUCGGAAAAUUAAGUUCUCUCACUCAGGUGGUAUGUGAAUGUAGAGCCUCUUUCAAACUUAUUGGAGUUAAAUGUAACAGCCAGUGCCAAGAUCUGUGAUCCAUAUUCUGUUUUCAUCUAGUGAAAUCAGUGGAGUUGUAUGGGGUGAGGUCUUCUGGAUUAGUGUCUCUGAACGCUGGGCUUCUGUAGCUUUCUUCUGGCAGCAUCUUUAAUGCAAUUACCUAACCUAUAGUGCUGACAAUAUUUGCUUCUGUUACUGCAGUAAGGACAUUUAGCUAAUGUUUACAUACUAAGUUCUUAUGGAACACAGUGACUUUUUUGAGUAUAUGUAAAAUACACAUUUUUGUGUGUAUAUUUUGGUUAAUUAAAAGAUACUGUAAUACCAAUGAAUCUUUACUGCAAGCUUUUGUACUUAUCUCAACAGUGAAUGUUUCCUUCUUUCACUUAAUGAGAAGGAUCUUGUAUGCUUUUGGUGUCACUUCUCCCAUUCUGAAUAUUCAGGAUUACACUUAGUACAAUAGUUUCCCUUCAAUUUUUUUUGUUAAGGUAGAAUAAAUUUUGUCGAGCUAUGUCAGAUGGACCGAUCUCUUGGCUGAUGGCACAAUGAGUGGAAAAGCCCAAGCCCUUCAGUAAAUCCUGUAUUAAAGAUAAGUUUCCCAACAGAUUUCAGACCCCUAUAAUUGGUAUUCAGAUCAUGUAGCCUAUAGUGCUGGAUAAAAUACCAAAGAAUGAAAGAUGUAUCGGUUUUCAAGAAUCUACAACAAUGAUGAAUGUGUACAUUGUGUUGAAGUGAGUACAUAAAGGCAAACUAAAUAAAUUUAAUGAAAAAAAUG